CCCCAACCCCCGAGGUCAAAGCUCUAUAUUUUGAAUUCCACGUCCACUUGCCGCAACAACCCAGACGUACUGUCAGGUUCAACCGAAUGAUGAAUCCGCCGUCUCUUUCAUGAUCAAUUUAAAGCUACGCGCAACGCCCUUGCCUUGACAUAGCUUGAGGUCACCGCAUACUUAGUAACACCCACCCAUCGUCGCCACCUUACUUCAUCACCAUCGUAUUUGAUCCCUCAUAGAAUCUAGGUGAAACGGUGCGUGGUGCACACCCUCGUCAAUGCCUUCUGCUGCUCCAACAAACCUUAUAAUUUUGAACAAGGCGAGGUUCACGAUUAUAUCAACCACGAUAUCCAUGAGAUUCAAGCCACGGAUUCGAAAGGGACCAAGUAUUCAUGAACUAGGUGACGACCGGGUCCUGGUAUGAUGGACCUGACAUUGCCUGGAGGUUUUGGCGAGGAAAAUGUCAGCGUGGUCCGGGGGCGGUUCAACCUGGUACGCGUGGACCAGGGCUUUUUGUUCAUUUUGCGGCGCCGAACAACGAUGGUAGGGUAUAAUUGCAGUGGAGUUUUCAGUGUGUGCGUCCGGCGUUUUCAAAUUGCCUGGAUGCCGUCAUAG